CCGGAGUUUCAACUUUUUUAUGAAAUCGAAAAUUAUGAUUCAUCCAGGCGGAGGCACCAACACGUGAUGCUUAUGUGAUGGAUUAGUCAUGUAAUUAGCUCGAUGAUAACUAUGAGAUGAGAUGAUAACGAUGACAGUACGCAAUUGCAAGUUGGAUAUGAACUGUGAAGAGAGAUUGAACUGUUGACGGAUUCUAUUCUUUCUGACAACGAAAACAUCGCGACAAAUCCUGACUCUAUCGUGCACCGCUGUCGAUAACAUCCACAGCAUCCAGCCACUCCGCUCCACUCCACUCCACCACCCAGAAUGCGCUUCACAAGAUCAUCAGCAGCAGCGCUACAACCGCCGCUAUCAGCUACAUCAUCCAUAACAACUGUCUUCAAAUCGACAAAACGAGCCGCCUCCUCAAAAGCCGCUGAUGAAGCCAGAGCAGUAAAGAUCAGAGUGGUCGAGGUCAAACCUGAUACCGAGGCGCCGGCAUCAGCUCUGGUCAAGCUGAUUCCUUCAGCUACCCCGACGCUCGUCAAGAAAGAGGCAGCGUCAAAAGAAGGAUAUAUCCCCGCCGACCAGAUCCUAGUCCAAGACCAUUCACUCACCAACCCCGUCUCGAGCUCGAUCCCUCCGCCGACUCUGAUAAUCCCCAAGGCCUACGAAAAGGACUUCAAGCUCGACGAUGCGCUCGCCCAUCUCAUCUCUGUCGAUCCCCGAUUCAAACAACUAUCUGACCUCUACCCAUGCGAGUUCCUAUCCGACCAGAACCUCGAAAACCCAGUCGAUCCGUUCGAGUCCCUGGGCUCGUCGAUUAUCUCCCAGCAGAUCAGCGGUUCCGCCGCCCGCAGCAUCAAAGCCCGCUUCCUCUCCCUCUUCAACACCACUUCUUCCUCUGCAACCCGCUUCCCGACCCCCGCCGAAGUCCUCAAGACCGACACCGCGGCCCUGCGCUCGAUAGGCUUCUCCGGCCGCAAAGCAGAGUACAUGCUCGAUCUCGCGUCCAAAUUCGCCAGCGGCGAAAUCAACCCCCACGAGCUCGUGUCGAUGAGCAACGAGGAAGUCAUCGAGCUUCUGGUCAAAGUCCGCGGUCUCGGCGUCUGGUCGUGCGAGAUGUUCCUCAUCUUUGGACUUAAACGCCCGGACGUGUUUUCCCUCGGCGAUCUCGGCGUCCAGCGCGGCAUGGCGAGUUGGUGGGGCAAAAACCUCGCGCUGGCAAAGGGGAAGAAGGGCAAGUUCAAGUACAUGAGCGAGCAGGAGAUGAUUGAAAAGUCGGAUUUGUUUAGACCGUAUCGCACUUUGUUUACUUGGUAUAUGUGGAAAGCUGGCGAUGUUAUCGUGCCGAUUGAUGGCGCGGGCGAUAUCAAAAAGAUAAAGGAGGAGUGA